CACGGUGUCUUGUCCAAAGAGUUUGUGGAGCUGAUGGGUCACUGUAACACCAUCCAGGCCCAGUACAGAGACCGCAAUGUGGAGAGGAUACAGAGGCAACUCAAAAUCACCGGAACCAACGUGACAGACGAGGAGCUGGAUACUAUGCUCGAGAGUGGGCAGACGGAUGUUUUCACACAAAAUAUCCUUAUUGACGCUAAAGCUACAAAGCAGGCUCUGAAUGAAAUUGAGUCCCGACACGAUGAGAUCCUGAAGCUGGAGAAGAGCAUCAGAGAUCUGCACGACAUGUUCCAGUACCUCGCCAUGGAGGUGGAGGCUCAGGGGGAGAUGGUCAACCGGAUUGAAACCAACAUCAACCAGUCUUCAAACUAUGUGGAGAAAGCAAAGGACAACACAGCGAAAGCUGUAACAUAUCAGCAGAAAGCACGCAAGAAAAAGAUUUGGAUCGCGAUCUGUUUGGCCAUCCUCAUCCUCAUCCUAGUCAUCUCAUUGGUCUCCACCUUCGGCUCCUAACUCCAGGCAGUGAGAGUUGGCUGUAGACCUGUGUGGCAGAAGCACAUUCUGGGUUUCAUGUAAAAAAUAUUCAUAAUUUAGCAUGUACGGGUGAAUUAAGAGAGCAUAUUAUGUGUUAUCAUCCCUCUGCAUUUGUUAUUUUCACAUUUUAUAUUCCUCUAAUCCUCCUAAUAGGACUUUUGUUUUUUUAAAGAGAUGUGCUUUCUGUUGUUUUAACUUUCAAAUGACUACAAUCUUGCCUACAUUUCAACUUCCACUCAAGAGGUAGCGCUGCUGGUUUAUGGAGUCCCCCGGUCAGAUUCUGGUCUGCAACACAAAGACCAGGACAAUGUAUGAACUGUUACGUCAGCCCCUCUUCCCCUCCUAAAUAGAAAAAAGAGGAAAUAAGUGGCCUUGAGAAAGGCACAAUACAGUAUUGAAAUCCAACAUUGCGCUGUUCAUACUGUACUCAGGAAACUGUGCGUUCUUGUUACCUUGUUGUUUCUGGAUCAAUUGGAGACGUAAAUAACAAUUGUAAUAGAUUAGGGCUUUCUUUUAUAGGAAUAUAGUAAAUAGACUAAUAUAAAUGUACAUAACCUAUAAUGCUGGUGAUUAUGACAUUCUUUAUGCAGAUGACUUUUUUUUAAACUUGAAAGUUGUUUCGUUACUGCCUACAUGUAACAAGUGUAAAUACAGAUCUUUUUUUUGUGAAACAGCCCCCCCCCCUUCCCCUCCCUCCCACCAUCCCCUCCCUUUAUCUUAAUCUUACGUGUGUCUGCACUGCAAUAAAAAGGCCUACGGCCCACUUUUAUUUGUCCUACCAGUCUGUAUUUAUGAUUUGAACAAUGUUGUGUAAGCUGCUACGAGAUAAUUCUGCAACAACACAUAAUGAAGCCUUUUCAAAACGGUGCCUUCUUCUUUAUGUACACGUCAACAGCUCAAGUUGAGUUUGUGAUGUUGAGCACUAACAUUGUAAAAGAUGGAGUGAGUUUUUUUUUUUUUAUUGUUUAUAUUUGUUUGUAUUCAAACUGCAGUCUUUCAGCUGGGAGUUCUUGCAUCUUAGCCUGACACGUAUACUCUUUAGACUUUAUUUUUCCUUCACUUGUUUGUCACAUUGUGCAAAGUCUCCAUUUGUCCUGCUAGUUUUGCGACUUAAAUUCAAUUCUGUGGGGAAAAAUUGGAAAGAAGUGAACCCAGAAACCAAUUUAUGGAGACAAACGGUACCUGCUGUCCACUACAACAUGACAAAUGUGUAACGAAAAGUAAACCAAACCCGUUUUAUUGUUGUCCAGUACUCAUUCAAGUCUCCUUUGGAAACAAAAGCUGCCUGUCUGCACAGUUACGAGCAGAAAAAGAAUGACUUUGCUACUGUGUAAUAUUAUGGCUGUUGAAUUUUGCAUCACAUUUAUUUUAAUAUAGAUUUGUUUUUAAAAUAAAGUACUGCCAUCGUCUAUUA